GCGUGUCUUUUCUUCCCCUAAGAUACCCGCGCCUGAGCCCCAAGUACCCGGAGUCCUUUGACGUGGGCUGCGACAUCUUUGCCAAGUUUUCUGCGUACAUUAAGAAUGCCCAAAAGGAGAGCAGCAAACAUCUGGAGAAAGCUUUGCUGAAGGAGUUUAAGCGUCUCGACAUCUAUCUGAACACCCCGCUUCCAGAGGAGAUCGAUCAGGACAGUGCAGAAGAGAUCGUGGGCUCCAGAAGGAUGUUCCUGGAUGGCGAUCAGCUGACCCUGGCGGAUUGCAACCUGCUCCCUAAACUUCACAUCAUCAAGGUGGUUGCCAAGAAAUACCGGGACUUUGACAUCCCAGCUGAGUUCUCAGGAGUGUGGCGCUAUCUGGGAAAUGCCUAUGCCCGGGAGGAGUUCAGGCACACGUGCCCUGCAGAUAAGGAGAUUGAAAGCACUUAUGCAUCUGUGGCUAAAAAAUGAGUUAGCAAAAGAAGAGCGUGUGUUCCCAAGUGAACAAUGCCUACAGAAGCUUCCUUUUGCACCCGAUUCCCCUAGUUACACUAGAAAUGGUGGCGAAACAUUUCGCCUUCUACUUCUUUGAAAGAGAACUCUGCUUUCUAGCCAGCUAGCCACCCCCAGAGUGCACCCCUGCAUAUUCUCUCUGUCAUUCAGCCUUUCACAAGCGUCCAUCAUCCUGAUGGCAAAAUCAUUUUAGAACUGAAUCUCUAAGAUGCCUUACCUAAAUCUCAGCAGAAUCGGAGGCCAAAUUGUCUGGGGAACUUCAAACCUUUAGCCCAAGCUACUAGAUGAAAUCAUUUAAGGAGGGCUCUGCCAAGAGUUCAAUGUUCUACCGAGCAAGGCAUUGGCAGGCCCAGACUUGGAACCUGCGUUCCUGGCCUCCAUCCAACACUUCAUUCCACUUGAGUCAGGGAAAGGGAAUAAGCAUUUCUAUGGAACCUACAUUUGCAAUGAUCACCUCAUUUGAUCCCUAGAACAACCCUGGGAGCUGGGUGAUGUUACGGUCCCAGUUUUACAGUUGAGGAAACUGAGGCAGGUAGUGACAAAGCAAUUUAACCCAGAGUCACCUGGCUAGUAGACUUCUGAGGCUGGAUUUGAAGCCUAUGCACCAGUUGUCUCAAUAGUCAAUAACAGUUUUGACCUAUUCCCUGAGGACUCUGCCCCAAAUUAUCGGCCCCUCCGAGCAGCGUGACAUCAGUUCCUCGGAGCAUUGCCGCAGUCUUGUCUAUGAAUAACAGCUAAUGUUGUGCAGUCCGGCAAAAGAGUUUGGGGGCAGGCCACGGAGCUUACAAGUUCCAGGGCAUAGGGAAGGGCGUUAGGUGACUUCUACCCAUUUUCUGAAUCCUCCACAGUGAAAGGCAUGAUCUCCCAAAGGGGGAAGGAAAAUGCCAAAUGGGGAGUCAACCAGUGCCUUUGUUAUGAAUGCCUUUUUUCACACACACACACACAGGCACGCACGCACGCACGCAUCUAUGUAUCUUGCUGUAAUAAUUAAAUGAGGGGACGAGCAUUUUGGAGAAAGAAUAAUACAUUUUAAAAAGAUGGCCAACAAAAUGGUAGAGGCCAGGCCACUCCGGAGCAUCCUUCCGUAGCUGGGGGCACGGAUCGUCUCCCCGAGCAGAGAGAAGUAGCCUGUGAUGCCUCUCACCACACGCGCCCUGCUAGCAAACUCUCGUUGGGUAUUCCUUAGCCAUCUUGCCUUUUCUUGCCAUCUUCCCAUAAACCAAGGAGCAAAGUCAUAAAAGCCGGCCAUGGGGCCACAUUCCACAGAUCGAUGUACUCGUCGAUCCCGGCCACCACCUUGGGAUUCCCAUUCCCAACACACUCUCAUUAGGAAUUCUUUUCCUGGCUCUCGGGACACUAGCACAUGGUCGUCUCCCCCUCCUCCGCGCCCUCUGCCUCCAGAAGCGCCUGGACUCGAGAAGGGAGACCUGGGGGAUCCUCCGUGGCGAGGCCCAUGUGCCAAAGAUGCACCGGUAGAGUAGAGGCAGGGCCGCCGCGUGUGCAUUUGAGGGAGACUCGUAAAGUGAAGCUUCUCUUGAGCACCUUCUAUCUCUGCCAAGUGCUCAGCCCACAAAGGAAGGCAAAAGGCGGUUCCUCAUCUCUCUGGAUUAGGAAAAGCAUUUUGCAGAAGGCGGGACUUCAGCUGAGAGUCAGGCAGUGGAGAUGAGGAGGGGAAACGGCCCAGCCACGAGGGACAGCCAGUGAAACAUUCGGAGCCGGGAGAGGGAGAUCAAGAAGAGCGAGGACUUGGCUUGUGACACUGGACCAAAGAGCAUGUCUGGGGCAGUGAGGUGGGACGAAGGGCGCCAAGUAAACCCUCUGUAGCUGAUCCCGGAGGCAAUAGGGAGCCACUGGAGUUUAUUGAGUAGCAGAGUGAUGUGAUGAGAUCUGUGUUUCGGAUGGAAAGAAACUGGAGGCGGGCAGACCCCGCUCAGGCCAUUGCAAUAGUCCAGGCAGGAAGUGGCAAAGGUCUGCAGUAGAGUCGAGUCAGGGGACUUCAACGAUCGUCCCGAUGGAUCGUCAAUGCCGUCCACACAUGUCAAUAGAUCAUGCCAAACUUGAAGUUCUAGAUAAAUGUUAGCGAUGCAGAAAGGCUGCUUUCUGUGCUCCGAGAGGCAGCUCUGGCCUCGGGGCCAAGAGACACGCCUGCCACUAGUGCUCUGACACUUUUCAUGUGGCAACUCAGUGAGUUGCAGAGAAGGUACCAAACUGAAGGGAUUUCCUCUCCUUGGAGUUCCCCAAGCCAAGAAAAUCAGCUCCAGGGAGAACGCCGGAACGUGGCGCUCACAGACGAGUCCCGGAACCCUGAGAUUUUUUGUGCUGUCGGCCAUCUUUUCCUGUUUUAUUACAUCAUGAAUAAAAAUCAUUUUGUAUUUUCUA